AUGGCACCAGCUUCAACGUAUCCUGCAGAGGAGGAGGCCUGGAUCCAAGUGAAACUGCAAGAGUAUCUUCCAAUGUUGGGCUGUGGAAAGGCCAGAGCUCAAGAACAGCCAGCACCUCAAGAUGACAAGGAUGCCAGCAAUGCUGUCAGUCGUUUUAUGAAGGAGUUUGAGCAGAACUUCAACUACAGUACCAAGACACCUAAAGAGCUGAAGACUCAUCGUGCAAAUUUCAAGGGAAAUUUUCAUACUUUCAAAUUGGCCAAACUGCACAAACUGCACAAACGAAUCUACAAUGAGUACUUUUCAACACCAGGUCCAUCAAUGAGUGUGGCUACAUCUUCAGAUGGGCCAUCUGCCACCUCUUCCACCAUUCCCAUUGUAGUAUCCACCAAAAAUGACCACUCCAACACCAUCUUCUCCAACUUGCCAGAUCCUACUGGAUGUGCCCUUUUCAUCUCAAGCAUCAGGAAUGAGGUCAACAUGGACAUCAAUGACUUUCGGAAGGAGAAUGGUAUUGGUGGCAGGAAACAUGCAGAGCAAAAAGAAUGGGAUGAUCAGGCUAGGGCACUGAUAGCUUCGAAGCCUAGUAGCAUAUACCAGAAUCAAGAGAGGCUAAACAGAGAUCUCACUUCUGUUCUAUAUCAUUUGAGGGGUCCAGAUGCGCACCAAGUUGGAAAUGCAGCAUUUCUGGUUCUCUAUGUGGCACUCUGGGCCAAAUACUGGGUCUCACAAGCAGUCUACACUUGA